AUGGAUCACGUUUUGCAGCAGGUACUUGACGGAUUUGCUCGUCAGGGCAUGAGCUACGACAUUAGCACCCUGCGCUUGGAUUCCGAUGCCUUGGCGCAAGACCUGCUCCAGCCCAAAAAGUCGAGCACCACGGCACAGACAAGCGACGUUCAAAACCAUCUGGCCUGGCACAGCAGCUCUGCCGUGGCUCGCAGCGGGCCACCCGACCCCACCAAGCAGCCCCGCCCUCACCGCGGCGUGUCAACAGACAUUUACCGAGGUGACAGCACCAGUCAGAUCCCACAUAAAAAGCCCUUGGCGCCACGCCACGAGCCUGAUCUCUAUCGCGGAGAGGAUCCGAUCACCAAGAUUGCCAGCAAACCACGUCCAACCGAUGCACGCACGCCCUGGACGGCCACAACCACCGACGACCUCGUACAGCAGCGCGCCAAUCAGCAGCGCCGACCUCGCGAGGCCACAAGUGUCUUCGCCGCCUCGGACGCGACCAGCGUGCCUGCUGCGGCGACCAGUCGCCCCGUCAGCCGCUAUCGCCCGGCUGACAACUUUCGCGUGGGCCAAGAGUUUUAG